ACCAUAUAAUCAACCAUUUCUACAGCUACAGUCACUGCCAGCCAUAUCAUAGCACUGAAAAAAUAACACAUAUUUUAAGAUUAAAAGGGAAGAUUUUACGACAUUUCUAUUUCAUUAUAUAUCGUGACGUUUUACUACAAGGAGAUACAAUGCAUUUUACAUUACAAAAGCGAAAUAAGACGUGGAUGCCAGCUAUCAAUUUGAGCAUCGUGGGGUUGAUGGUUUAUAUUAUGGCCUGCCCUGCGUCCAGUAUGGAUGUGCUGGUCCAUAACCAGAUCAACGUCCUGAACGGCACCAUGGUGAGGAUCCAGUGCAUCUUCACCUCCUGCUACAAGAUGGACGUCAACAAGUUUGCCAUGAACUGGACUUACCAGGAGAACACCAACGAGACUGAGGAGAUGUUCAUGACCUAUAAGAAGGGGAUGAUGCCCCUGCGGACAGACCAGUUCAGUGACCGGGUGCAGUUUGUGGGUAACCUGGAAAAGAACGACUUGUCCAUCACCCUCUCUGAUGUGGGCAAGGCAGGGAGAAGAAGAGGGACAGGGGCAUGGCAGGGAGCAAGAAGUGGAGAAGGGGCAAGGCAGGGGAGCAAGAAGUGGAGAAGGGGCAAGGCAGGGAGCAAGAAGUGGGACAGGGGGCAAGGCAGGGAGUAA